UAAACGAUUAAACGGGGUCUUUUAAAAUCUACGAAAGAACAAAACUAGGGUUUCUCUGCGAUUUAAGCUUUAUUUCAAGGUUUAUUGCGGCAUUCCCUUUGCAAGUUUCACCAUUUGAUCGAUUCCCACAGAUCCCUUCUUCGUAUUUCCGUCAACAUGAUCAUGACUGAGCAGAACCGCCGUGAGAUCAGCAAGUACCUCUUCCAAGAGGGAGUUUGCUUUGCAAAGAAAGAUUACAACUUGGCAAAGCACCCUGACAUUGAUGUCCCGAAUCUGCAAGUGAUCAAGCUGAUGCAAAGCUUUAAGUCCAAGGAGUAUGUGAGGGAGACCUUUGCUUGGAUGCACUACUACUGGUUCUUGACCAACGAGGGUAUUGAAUUCCUUCGUACUUACCUCAACCUUCCCUCAGAGAUUGUCCCUGCUACCUUAAAGAAGCAGAUGAAGCCUGCUGGCAGGCCAAUGGGCGGCGCACCUGGCCCACGUGGGGGAUCGCGAUUUGAAGGAGACAGGCCUAGAUUUGGUGAUAGGGAUGGCUACCGUUCUGGACCUCGUGGUGAAGGUGAUUCCGGUGACAAGGGCGGUGCUCCUGCUGAUUACAGACCAUCAUUUGGGGUAAGUGUGAAACGUUGAUA